ACGGGGAAACCACUGCCCAUCUCUCAGGAAAUCCCCUUCCUUCUUCCGCAGUGAGCGAUGACGUCAGCUGGCUGCAGCAGGAGCUCUUCUGUUUGCUGCUCGAUGUGCGCAAAGUGCAGCAGUAACCAGCUCCAUCAUGCUCUCUGCCCACGCUGUCGGAGUCGUGUUAAUAUUAGCUUGGAUUUAUCCAAGUGACGCGCUCUACUUCCACAUCGGAGAGACGGAGAAGAAAUGCUUCAUUGAAGAGAUCCCAGAUGAAACCAUGGUGAUUGGAAAGUACAGGACUCAACUGUUUGACAAGCAGACGGGUUCUUUCCUCCCCGCCACGCCUGGCCUUGGGAUGCAUGUCGAGAUCAAGGAUCCAGAUACAAAGAUUAUCCUCUCUCGUCAAUAUGGGUCAGACGGACGGUUCACCUUCACCUCCCACACUCCUGGAGAACAUCAGAUCUGUUUGCACUCCAACUCCACCAAGAUGGCUCUGUUUGCUGGAGGAAAACUGAGAGUGCAUCUGGAUAUUCAGGUUGGAGAACAUACCAACAACUACCCUGAAAUUGCAGCUAAGGACAAACUCACGGAGCUGCAGCUGCGAGUCCGACAGCUGCUGGACCAAGUCGAACAGAUCCAGAAGGAGCAAAACUACCAGAGGUAUCGCGAGGAGCGGUUUCGCAUGACGAGUGAGAGCACCAACCAGCGUGUUCUCUGGUGGUCAAUCGCUCAGACACUCAUCCUCCUCGUCACCGGCAUUUGGCAGAUGAAGCACCUCAAGAGCUUCUUUGAGGCCAAGAAACUGGUGUAACGUCUGUCUGAGCAACGGCAGCAUUAGGGAAACAACAUGAACGCAAGAAGAUGGACUUGAACGACCUGAAUGGAGAGGCGCCCCACCCCUUAGUGCAGGAAUAUCCAGGAGGAGCCGCAGUCUUAAUAUCAGCCACAAAUGGUACGAGAGAAAAUCCACAGAGGCAGUUAUCAAUCCUGGGCAAUGUGUUUUUCAUUGCAAAUGUUUUUAGGCUAUUGUUAUUCUACUACACAGUAGCACAGUUGCCUUUUUUUCAUUGUGUUUGUUGUGUUGUCGACAACACUGGACGUGUCAUUUUUUUUCUAUCUUCCCGUUUAAGAAAAAGCAAGAGACGACAUUAGUGAAGUGAGAAGGUUUUUUUAUGGUCAGGCAGGAAUGAAUGAUCGCUGCAAUAGGUAUGUGAGAAUGAGAAUUUUAAAGCUGUUACAAGUAAUAAUCGUGCAGUUUAUUGACACAUGAUUUUAUGUAGGUCAAUGUUAUUGUUGCACAUUGUUUUAUUUCCAUUUAUUAUUAAUAUUUUAUUUCCCUGAUUUAUAAUACAACAAAAACAAUAUACAGGAACACUGACAGGGCAGGAUGUAACACAUUAAAGCCUCUGAGUGAAGGAUACUUAUCUUAAAGCCAUUUGAAAGCGUGUUUACACAAAAAGACCUCUCACCGCCUGGGUUUAAAAUAGGGAUAUCAAAGAAACUCUGUACAAACACUAAUCUAUUCAGGGUGCUAUACACCAACACAGGCUCAUAGAACUGCCAUUUUGGCAUUUUAUUCAAAGCUGACGGGACUCAAAGAGCCUACUGCCCAGAUGUUGAAGAACUGAUGCAGCUUGCUCCAUAGAGACUAAGUCCUAAUAAUCUUGAAACAAUUUGGUUUCCUCACUUUCCAAUUAGUAAGUAUUGUCCGUUUCACUGACAGAAAGGCUAAUCCAAUCUAUUUCCAGGUUUUCUAACUACCCCUUCAUCAAGUGGUCACACUUAUGCAAAUAUUAUACUGGCCUUGAUUCCUUACAAUUUGAUAACACUUUACUGUAACCCUUGUGUUUAGCAUGUAUAAGCAUUAUAUAAACCCUUAAUAAAUGGUUUAUUACACACAGUAAUAUAGUUGUAAGCAGCUUUGAGGACAUUUUUAAGCUUUAUUAAUGUAUUUGUGAACAAUUAUAGGUAAUCAUUAAUGACAGUGUAACAAAGCUUCAGUGUAACACAAGUGUUAUACAACAUUUCUUUAUAACAUUUAAGAAUAAAUAAUCAAAUAAAAUUUGUUUGUUUAGUUUGACAAAACGUUAACUUAAGGUCCACUUGCUAGUUUUUCUUCCAGAGCUUUCAUUCUCAUCUUGUUGCCUGUAUUGGCUAAUAGAGUAGGCUCACUUGUGAUGGAGGGUGAAAAAAUAUAUAUUUUAAAAUAAAUACGUCAUUAAUAAAUACUUCAUUAAUAAAUAAAUAAAAUAAUAAAUACCUCAUGUUUUGUAUAAUAUUGUCUAUUAGUCCUUAUCGGUUUAUACACCAGUCACAGAUGCUUCACAGCAACAUUUUUACAUUAACAAACACUUAGAAAUGUCCUUAUAUCUUCUUACAACCAAAUUAAGUGUUUUGAGUGUUUAUAUAAUUCUUAUACAUGGGAAAUGGAGGGUCUAAAUGAAGUGUUAGCAUCAAUCCUUCUACCUACUGUAUAUAGUUUCUAGCUAGAGUUCCGUUUCCUGUACAUUUUCCCAGAGCUAGGUCUGUAUACAGUUUGUGAUACACGUCUACUAAUAACGGGAUUCUGCUGUAUGUUGUAAAUAACACGUAUAGUGUAUUGACUGUUUUCUAAUGCCUUUUACACUGAUUGAAUGUCUUUUAAGUUUUUCCAGUUGUGUCACCAGGUGUUUUUGUUUCUUCAGUGUCAUAGUAGAUAGAUCGUAUUUAUUGAGCCUGUCGUAGCCUGUGUUUUAUUGCGGAGCUUAAGCCAAAUUUACUUUACUUACUUUUGUCAUUUUCAUGAGCUAUUUUGGGUUCCAUUUAUCAAUGCCGGACAGCAUUUACUUUUGCAAAAUCUGUUAAUUCAGAUUCAUAAUGAGUCAUUCGAAGGGAAUAUAGUGAGUCAGUGGGUUCCAGUUUUAACAAAGUCAUCACUUUUUUACCUGAAAAGUUUAGAUUUAGAGUCCAAUUCUUGCAAUUCGACCAUUAAAUUAUUUUUUCAAUUUGUUGAAUUAUCACACUAAAAAAUAUUAAAAUUUUCACCGUGGUCCAGAUGUCACCUCCAUGUGCUUAAUAAAGAAACUCUGGCUAAACUA